UAUUGUACCGCCUCAGCAGCGUGCGCGUGUCUAAAACCGGACUUUUCGUACAGAAAUAGCGUUUUUUGUGGGGUAGUUCGCACAAGUGGGGAUUAUGUGACCGUUGAUUGAGGUGCAACUAUGGGAAGUUUGAUGAAAAAAUCAUUGGGUGGAAGCAUACAUCGAAUCCGCGAGUUUGAACUUGAAAAAGUAAAUUUAGCCGAAGAGUUCGACAUUUUGCAAAUCGUGGGGGAAGGAUGGUUCGGGAAGAUCCUCCUGGUGGAGCACAAGGCCACCGACACUGAAAUGGUCCUCAAGGCCCUUCCCAAGCCCUACACUUCCAUUAAAGACUUCUACCGGGAGUUCCACUACGGCCUGCACUUGGGGGCCCACAAGAACAUCAUCACGACCUACGAUGUGGCCUUCGAAACGGCCGGAUUCUACGUUUUCUCCCAGGAAUACGCCCCUUUGGGCGAUUUGACUUCCAACGUCUCCGACACGGGGAUCGGGGAGCUGCACACGAAACGCGUGGCCAAACAGCUGUCCGCAGCCCUGGAGCACCUCCACACCCGCGACCUGGUGCACCGCGACGUAAAAUUGGACAAUAUCCUAGUGUUUAAGUCGGACUUUUCGCGUAUUAAACUUUGUGAUUUUGGUGAGACGCGACGUGCAGGUUCCGUGGUGAUGCGACGAAACGAAUGGUUGCCCUACGCCCCCCCAGAGGUGCUCCAAAUUGCCACCGAUGGGAGCUACAUGACCAACACGAGUCAUGAUGUUUGGCAGUUUGGAAUUGUGAUAUUUGUGUGUUUGACUGGAUGUCUGCCGUGGCAGAAGGCGGCCCCUGAUGACCCCAGGUACUCCAGAUACAUGUCCUGGCAAAGCACCACUAUUCCUCUUAAAAGACAGCCAAAGUUGUUUAAAUUGGUGUCGUCCAAAGCCCAGAAACUCUUCAAGAAGUACUUGGAGCCGAAGCCUGAGAAGAGGCCCGCGGGGCUUGCGGAGGUGCACCGGUUUUUGGAAGACCGCUGGAUGUCCAAAGGGGGGAUGGAGAAGACGAGUGAGUUGCCAGAUGAGGAAGAAGGGCUUUGUCCAUCAAUGUACAGCUUCCACAGCAGUCCGGAGGAAAAAAAUAAACUACUUUUCACUUUAACUCAGUAUGGGCUUGAGACAACCGUUGAUAGAACGGCCAAAAAAGACCGAAUCCGUCAAUGGAUCCAGUCUAGUGUCAUUGAAGAAGAAAACGAAGAAGAAAUUGAAGCAUUGAGCGAUGAAGAUAUCGGCAUUCAUGACAACCAAACCGGACCUGUGGGGGAGCGAAAUGAGUCACGGGGACCCAUCGCUGACCCCAAAAUCAACGGGCAUGCCCUUGAAACCGAUAAAAAUCGAAGACGAAGAGCCUCAGUGGUCAGUCUUCGCAAAAUUCCAGACUAUUAUAUCCCUCCAAUUGACCCAAGAAUCCCUCUCGAGGAACAAAAAGAAAAAAACGUUUCACGCACUCAAAUCAUCAAUGGAAAGAAAGAAAAAACGGGAGAGGAAUUUUCUAUAAGCAAAGCAUUGCCAUUCCAGAAUUUACAAGUGGUGAACUCGCUGUCAUCACUUGAUUCCAGUGAUAGUAGCAAUACUGUAAAGCACAAAAUUAACAUACAGUUGCCCCAAUCGGAGAAAUACGUUUAUGGGUCAACCCCGAAACCAAACGGGGUUAGUAAUGGGGUGAGAAGGUCACCCCCUGUUAACAUUAGAGGGACCGAAAAGAUAUACAGGGCGUAUUCUGCGACGGAAGUUCGGGGAAAUGGACAUUACUCAAGGAAAUAAAUGCUCAAAAAUGUGACUGACUGUUAUUUAUAUUUGUAAAUAUUUAUGUGUUACUAUAUUUGUAUCAUGGAGUGAUUAAUGAUUUGUUUUAGGCUAAUAGAGUAAAAAAAGUUUUCUUAA